AUGAACCUAUUUUGUGCUUUUUUCCUACUGCUCUUCAGCAUCUCUGUCACUCAAGGCAAUAUAUCAGAAUACCAGUUGGAAUCAGAGAGCCGGAGUCCAUGUGAACAGCUGAGAGGUGUUGGAAUAACUCAGCAGCAAGACCAUGUUCCUCAGUGCUCAGAGGAUGGGCGCUAUAGAUAUGUGCAGUGCAGUCACAGUGGGGAGUGUUGGUGUGUGAACGCAAAUGGGACAGAAAUUCUCGGAAGCCGACAGAAUGGAUCUGUAGUGUAUUGUCUGACACCGUGCCAGCUUCAGAGACUGAAGGCACUACAGAGCGGCGACGCUGCGCUGGUGCCGCAGUGUUUGGACUCGGGAGAGUACCAGCCUGUACAGUGUGAUCAUGCCCUGGCCCAGUGCUGGUGUGUGGACCUGGACGGCAUGGAGACCUAUGGCACACGGCAGAAAGGCAAACCAUCCCAGUGUCCGGGUGUUUGCGAGGUCAGGGAACGUCGCCUUCUCCAUGGUGUUGGAGAGGCCUCUCCACCACAAUGCUCAGACGAUGGGAGCUUCCUUCCUGUGCAGUGCAAGUUCAUCAACACUACCAAUAUGAUGGUUUUUGAUCUUCUCCAUGCCUUCAACAGACUUCCAGAGGUGUUCCAGACAUUCAGUGAUUUUAGAAAAGCUUUCCCUGAGCUCUCCAGCUACUGCUACUGUGCGGACACCCGAGGCAGAGAGCUACCCAGCACUGGAGUGGAGCUGCUUCUGGAUGAGGUGUAUGACACAGCAUUUUCCAGUCUGGAUGCUGGUAGUUCCUUCUCCCAGUCCAACAUGUACCGCAUUCUGCAGAGGAGAUACCUCGCUCUCCAACUGGCUUUCAGUGGGCGAUUUAGAUGUCCUAGUCCUUGUGAAAGUGAGCGGUCUGCCAGCUCCAAGGCAGGUAAUGUUUUUGUGCCCACGUGUGAUGCCCGAGGUGAGUACAUACCAACACAGUGCCAGGCUGGCGGGCAGUGUUGGUGCGUGGACUCUGCUGGCAAAGAGAUCUUUGGGAGCCGUCAGCAAGGAGUUCCAGACUGCAGUGCCGGAGUAAGAGACUGCCGCUCUAAGAGGAGGCAAGCACUCUCCAAACUUUUUUAUGGUCCAGCUGGACACUUCAGCCAGAACGACGUGUUCUCAACAUCUCAGGCCAACGCACAAAAAGAUGUCUUUCCUCUUCCUUCAUGCAGCCCAGAAUUCCAAGAGCUCUUGGCCAACUCUGGUCUCACCAGAUUCUUGUCAGAAUUAGAUCACUCAGGUGUUGGGGAUGUUGUGGCAGAACUUAUUCAGGGAAUGUUCCCAACAGGAGCUCUUGCUCUGAAAGCUCUGUCCCUCACCACUAACCCAAAAAGGUUCCAGGAGAACCUAUUUGGAGGCAAGUUCUUGAAGAACGCCGGAAAUUUUAACUUUACUGGUACUGUUGGUACUAGGGGAACAUUAAGUUUCAGUCAAACUUUCAGCCAGGUUGGCUUAACCCAGGGCAGUGUGGACUUGAAAGAGCUGACCAAGAUCUUAUCAAAUGGUUCUGUUAGUCUGAAUCUGGACCAGGAGAUCUCUGACGUGUAUGGCCGCAUUGUUAACCUUAAACGUAAUAGAGACUUAAUCAAGGUUAUUGUAGCAACCUUGGAGAAUGAGCAAUUUUUUACCAUGCUACGAGUGGCCAUCACCUUGCUUAAGGCAGAAGAUAGCACCCAGCUGGGACCACUUUUUCAGACAGUGUUCCAGACUUUUGAGGCUUCUGAUUCAAUUGUUUCCUCACCAUAUGUGCCCCAGUGCACUGAAGAUGGCCAAUACCAAGAAGUCCAGUGCCAGGGCCUUGAAUGCUGGUGUGUUAACUCCCAAGGAAUGGAGGUUGUGGGCUCUCGUUCCUCUGGGAAUAGACCGAGCUGCCCAUCCCAGUGUGAGAAGGAGCGCAUGAUGGCCAUAGCAGUCAAAGCUAGCAGUUCAGCAGGCUCUGAGGUCUUUAUCCCUAAAUGUGAAGAAGAUGGAGAAUAUGUGCCUCUGCAGUGCCUUGGAAAGAACUGCUUUUGCAUAGGCCGCACUGGAGCUAGUUUCAACACAUUGCGCUCUGGAGCCACUCUACAGUGUCCAUCUAAUUGCCAGAUUACUGCAUCCCAGUAUUUCCUGAACACAGUUCAUUCCGUUCUGGCCGGUCCUGCUUCCAUAUCACAGCUUUCUGGUGUCUAUAUCCCUCGCUGCACUUCGGAUGGUGGCUGGCACCAGAUACAAUGUGAUGGCCCUUCUGAAAAAGCCUUUGAGUUCUAUGAUGAAUGGAAUCAAAUCAACAAUAAUGGAAAACAGCUGCCUGUUUUGGAACUCCUUGCAAUUCUGCAAGAAUAUGCAAAAGAUCCAAAAGCAAUGGCAUCUUUCAGUGGCUUCCUUUCUGCCUUAUUCCAGGCUAGACACCAGAAAGUAUUCCCAGUUUUGGCAAAGUUUGAAACAUUUUCAGAAAUUUCAUCUGAAAUCCUAGAUGGGAAUACUGAAGUCAUAUCUGGGCCAUCUGUUUUCCUGAACCCCCUCUCCUUAUGGAGGCUACUCAGAAGGGACAGUGAGCAGUAUCCAGGCCCAUUCUCAGAUUUCAGUGCUCCUCUGGGUCACUUUAACCUGCGCCGCUGCUGGUGUGUUGACCAGAAAGGGGGCAUGGUGUCAGACUCCAAAGCUGCAAUCAACCAGGUCCCAAAAUGUCCAGGGUCAUGUUCUCUGGUGCGUGGUCAGGUUGAUUCCUUCCUGACAGAGGCAGAGACGCUGAUCUCUGUCUCCAACAGCUCUCAUGUGCCCGUGGGCUACAGCUUCCUCCUGGCCGAGAGCGUCGGGCUCACGGCCGAUGAGCUACAGCAGGCCUUCAGUCCUAGCUUUCAGCUUGCCGAGCUGCUGCAGGGCAGCACAGGCUCGGCCCUGCGCCUCGCCGCACACUCCACUCUUCAUUUCUACUGGCAGAGCAGCCUAAUGGCAAGUGAAAGACACAGAGAGAGUCUAGUGCUUGGCUACCAGCCCUACCGCCCACAGUGUGAUGCCCGGGGCCAGUGGUUGCCUGCUCAGUGUCAUGCCAGCACAGGUUACUGUUGGUGUGUGGACGAAGAGGGAAGAUACAUCACUGGCUCUCUCAGUGCUCGUGCUGUUCAGCCCAGACAAUGCCAAACUCCAUGCCAGAGAUUGCAAGCCCACUCCGUUAUUUCUGACUGGAAUUUUUCCUACAGCCCGUCUUGUGAUGAGGACGGUGGGUUUUCUGUACUCCAGAGGCAUGGGGCAGGCAGUGCUGUGGCCUCGUGUGUUAGUCCUGUUACUGGACAGGCCAUUCAGCUGGCUACCCUUAAUCCCACAGGAGACCUUGAAUGCCCUGGCUGGUGUGCUCUUCAGAAGAAGCGAACGGCUGAGCGGGAGGACGGCGUGGGCUAUGAGCCCGAAUGUGUGCAGGCCGGACAGCAAUUCUCGCCUCAGCAGUGCGAUGAGGUUUACUGCUGGUGUGUUUCUGAGAACGGUCGUGAGCUUCCGUCCACACGCAGACUCCGGAGCUCAGGGAAAACACCCUCCUGCGACACUCCGCAGUGUCCGCUCCCCUUCGGAGACUCCAUUUCCCACGGUGCCAUUCUCUGUGGAAAAGUAAGUGAGAGUGUGGAGCAGAGGCAACGCUGUGAGGUUUUGUGUCAUCAGGGUUAUGCCAGCGCCCUUCCUGUGGACAGCUUCAUGUGUGACACUGUGAGGAAGACGUGGCUGAGCGAUGCGCCUCUCUCUUAUGCCUGCCAAAGAGUUCAGCUGCUGCAGACUGCGCAGGCACCCGUGGUGUUGCAGCUGUCAUUAGUGGAAACUCAGCAGGGCUGCCAUGCUCAGAGCUCUGCACUGCAGGCCUCACUCCUACAUGACAUGAGAGCAGCAGGAGUCUGCAGCCUACAGCUGUCUCCAGAUCAACACAGCUCUUUGUCGCUUUGUGAUGAGUCCUCAGUCUCUCUGGAGUGUGUGAAUGAGCAAAGCCUCACUGCCUACAUCACUUUUAAAGCCCGUCUCAGUGACCUUCCAGUGCACGCCCUGCCUGAUCUCCACGACGUUGACACGGUGCUCAGUAGUGAGAACAUGCUGGAUGGCGUGAUGAAGAUCAUCGGGAGCGGGGCAUACCAGUCAGUGUUUGUCUCUGAGCGUUCAACGGCCUUCUCCUCGCCCACCUCCUUUGGCUGCUCCGCGGGCUACCAGCAGCUUCCGGACUCCUCUGGGUGUGUGGUGUGUCCAGCUGGGUCUUUCUCCAGCAGAGGCAGGUGCGAGGCGUGUCCGCCGGGCUCCUACCAGGCUGAGGCAGGGCAGGACCUGUGCUCUAUCUGUCCCUCGGGCACCUCCACAGCUGCCUCAGGAGCCUUCAGCCUUUCACACUGUGUAUCAAAGUGUCAGCAGAGCCGGCUGAUCUGUACUGAGAAAGGAGAUUUCCUUUCAGCCCAAAAGCACUUCUUGUCUGGGAGGUGGCUGUGCGUCACUCUGCAGGGCGACGAACUCUCAUGGACAGCUGCAGAUGAGCCAAUCACUGUGGAGCAAUGCCAAAUGCUGGAAAAAUUUGAGGCUCUUGCAGCUUCCUCCUUGCUGCUGGACUCUAUGGAUGCUGUGGUACUGCACUCUGAUUCCUCACCACUGCCAAUGGAUGUCCAGCUCAGGCAGUGUGUGCUUGACUGCGCCAGGGACAAUUCAUGCCAGCAUGUGGCGGCUUUCCGUGAGGCAGACCGAACCAUCUGUGACUUCUACAGCACGAGCACAGCCAAUGUUCAAUGCAGUGCCACGCAACAAAGCAAAGGGUUUUUGGGAAAUGAAGAAGCUGAUACCUUCCAGACUCUGAGCUGUUUGCUAAAAGUGAAAGUUGGAGCGAAACCCGAUCUGACCGUGCUUAGAAAGAAAGGUCACGAGUUCAACACAGCAGGCGAGAAGAACUUUGACAGGCUGAGUUUUCACAAAGCAAGCUCUGGCGUGUACCGGACCCUCGUGUUCCAAUCCCCGGCGGCUUCUCUGGCUAACGCCCACCGCUUCUGCGCAGACGCUUGCAGCCAGGAGAGCUGCUGUGAUGGCUUCGUCCUCAACCAGAAUGUCCUCAGCGGAGGUUCUGUGAUGUGUGGUCUGCUGAGCGUCCCUGCUGUGCUGCAGUGCAGUGAAGGGGACUGGGACGUGGCCGCGGUCGCCCCCUCCAGCCGCACAUGUGGAGCCGGACUGAAAUACGACAAGCAGCGGAAGCGCUUCACCUUCGAAUUGGGUGGACAGAACUUUACCGUCACUGAUGCAGCUUUACCCACAUCAAGCAAAAAUAAAACUGAUUACCAAACCACUGUCGUCGGCUUCCAACGGAUCUACCUCUGGACAGAGUCAGAUAUGAGCUCUCGGCCAAAGGCUGAGGGAGCCUGUAAAGCAGCAGUUCUUCUGGAAGCUCCUGAACUCUCUGACUUGGUGAAGAAGUCCUUUGAUGUCCUGGACAGCAGUGAUGUAACGACUGACUCAGCAAAGAACACGUCCAGCCAAAAGCACUGGCUCUUUAAACACCAGUUCACUUCAGAAAGGGCCCAGCUCUGGUGUCUCCAACGCUGCAGGGAAGAGGAUCUGUGCCACGUGGCUGACCUUCGAGAUGAGGGCCCUAUGUAUUUUGCAUGCAUGCUGUAUCCUGACACCCGUGUGUGUGGGGCUUAUGAUAAACCUCUGAGACAGGCCUGCAGUCUGGUGCUGCCUCAGGAGCUACACACUGCCCACCAGAAGAAGGUUGAUCCAGCCUCUAGUGUGGAGAGCUUCUACAGCCGUGCGCCGUUUAAAAAGAUGGUUUCUUAUUCCGUGCGCAGCCGAGUCAGUGUGUCCAGCAAGCCCAUUACUGAGGGGUUUUUUGAAUGUGAGAGGCGCUGUGAUGAGGAUCCUUGCUGUAGGGGAAUUGGAUACAUAAAAGACACUGCAGCUCCUGACGUGCUGUGUCUGACUCUGAAUAGUCUGGGUAUCCAGACAUGUGGUGAGGAUUUCGACACUAAGUGGAGAGUACAGGACUGCUCUUCCUCAGCAGUGCAGACAAGGCCUUACCCUUUCGGCUGGUAUGAGAAGCCAGUGAAUCAGUGGACAGAAAGUCCAGGCAUUUGCCCUUCCUUCGGACUUCGCUCUCCCUCACAGGCUGUUCAUUUGAAAGACUGGAAGUUGCUGGAUGCAUCAUCUGUACUAGUGGAUUCCUCUGUGUCUGCGUUUGACAUCGUUCAUAUCAGCAGAGACAUCGCGAAGGACUUGGAAAGCGUCCGUGACUGGUGUCUGGCUGCCUGUGAGGAGCAUGACUCCUGCUUGGCUGUAUCAGUGGCCAGUAGAGAGUCAGCAGUGAGGUGUGUGAUGUACCCAGACUCCCACACCUGCCUCCCCACCUCCAGCAGCCAGCACUGUGUCCUUCUCACCAAGGAACCUGCCCAAUACGUGUACCUUAGAACAGUUUUGAAGCCAGAUCUUACUUCAGUGUCCAUCACUGGCCAUGGAACACUCCUUGGUGAAAAUGAGGUGAAGAUGAUUGGUACAGAGAGCAAGAGUGUGACUUACUUCCUGGGUGUGCCUUAUGCUCGUCCACCAAUUGGUCAGCUUCGCUUCAGUUCCCCACAGCCAGCUGAUUGGACAGGCACCUGGAACGCCACAUUUGCUCGACCCAGUUGUAUGCAGCCUGGUGAUACUGCUGACUUCAACACCAGUGAAGACUGUCUUUACCUGAACAUAUUUGUGCCCACCAGUGUGAGAGGGGCUGCAUCAGUCCUAGUGUUUUUCCAUAACCCUGCCUCUGGCCUGCUGGAUGGCUCCUACCUUGCAGCUGUAGGAAACAUCAUUGUGGUGACAGCCAGCUUCAGGGUGGCUGCAUAUGGAUUCCUCAGUACAGGUUCCAGCGCUCUCCCAGGGAACUUUGGGUUGCAGGAUCAGGCCAUGGCUCUGCAGUGGGUGCAGGAGAAUAUCGCCCGUUUCCGGGGAGACCCUGCUAAGGUUACAGUAGGAGCAGACAGAAACGGUGCUGACAUUGCCAGCCUACAUCUCUCCUCCUCCUCCUCAUCUCUGUUCCAUCAGGCUCUCCUUAUGGGUGGGUCAGUGUUCUCUCCAGCAGCAGUGAUGCGCAGGCAGAAGGCCCGGGAGCAGGCUUUGUCUCUGGGCAGAGAGCUGGGCUGCUCAGCCUCGGAGCCCACGCAGCUACUAACCUGCCUGAGAGAGAAGCCAGCUGAGAACAUCAACGCUGCUCAGACCAAGUUGCUGGCAGUGAGUGGUCCCCUGGAGGCCUGGGCUCCAGUGGUGGAUGGCGUGGUGGUUGAGGAAGAGCCCUCCACAGCCCUACGCUCUGGUCACUUCCUCUCAGCACCCCUGUUUCUCGGCUCUUCGGCAGAGGAUGGUCUGAUCAGCAGAGCCAAGAACAUCAAGAACUUUGAGCAGCUUCAGGGAAGAGCAGACAGUAAAACCGCUUUCUAUGAAGCCCUGUCUAAUUCCCUCGGUGGAGACGAUGCCAAUGUGUUUGUCAAGGAAGCAGCCACAUGGUUUUACUCCCUGCACCACUCUCCGACCCCCGCUGGCUACAAUGUCUUCUCCCGGGCUCUAGAGAAUGCUACAAGAGAUUUCUUCAUCACCUGCCCCUCUGUGAGCAUGGCCAGCUUCUGGGCCUCCAACACCCGCUCCAGUGUUUACAUGUACCACUUGCCUGGAGACAUGACACACACCAGCACUGAUUUGUCGAUGCCUCUGGAUGUGCAGUAUGUGUUUGGAGUGCCACAUGUACCCGAAAUGCGAGGCCUCUUCACUUCCACAGAGAGAACUCUCUCUUUGCAGAUCAUGACCUACACGGCCAGCUUCAUCAAGUCUGGAAACCCCAAUUUGCCUCUCUCUGGCUCUACAGCGUCCUUCGGUGAGGUUUUGCCUCCAUGGCCUCAGUUUCUGCCCCACCCAAGUGGGCAGAACUAUAAGGAGCUGUCCCCUGCCCUCAGAAACCGCAAUGGCCUACAGGCAUCCCACUGCUCUUUUUGGUCCCAGUAUGUGCCAGCUCUGAGCUUCUCUACCGGCAAACACUUGUGCAAAAAUUCUGUGGGAGAAUUGGAAACUUCGCAGAAUCCAGCAGCAGAGCCAGUGCCUUCGUCUGACUUCAGCGCUUCAGUCUCACAGAGGCCACCCAAGUCUGAGAAGGAUGCUUACAAUUAAACUGCCAACAAUGACUAAUUGUUAAUCCAAGACCAUUUCAGUUUCAGCUGCCAAAACAUAAUUUAUGUUUUUCUGUCAAUAUAUUAUUGCUCUAAUGAUUCAUCUCUGGAUGCAGGAAUUAAACUAUAUAACUGCAUAUUGAAAACAAAAAAGUUCCUCAUCUCUCCUUUCACUGCUGUAUAUCACAGUCUUUUUGCCAACUACAAACUAUUAAUUGCACAAAGAAAACUGAUUGCAGUUAACAAUAAUUGCUGUAGGUAUUCCAGAUCAUGACACCCAUGGUGAACAGUAAAAUGGUCUGACACAGUCUUUGUUUUAACAUGUUAAUUAGGGUUGGGUGGAGGGAUAAGCAUGGCAAUAAAGCAGCAGGACUGUUGUAGUAGUGAAAGUUUCCAGAUG